UCAUUCGUUUCGUACUUUAGUUUCAUUUCGUUUGUCAACCAUUUCUCCCGGUUUCCUCUCAAAUCAUUGCGCUCUGCAUAUCCAAUUCGGUACGUAUAACGCCAAAUGCUUUGAAUUCCGGCCGACUCACCGAUCGUGAUUUCCGAUUUUUCGUUUCUCUACCUACUCUUUCCCUCCUACAUCGAAGCUUUUAUGGAGUUGUUGAUGAAUAUGGCCGAUUCUUGCUCGCUCGCGUUGCUCUUUGAGAUACGUGGAGUUCUUGGCGCCGUGAAACGAAUAGCUCAACAGUCUACGAAGAUACCGACAAUACCUUUCACGCCGAGAAGUCGUAAAUUUAGGGAUUUCUGAACUCAGCUUCGGUCUAGGGUUUGUUUUAAAUUCAUUUUGUGUAUUUCUGCUCUUUGUGCACAACAAGUUGGACCGUGAAUAGUCGAACUUUCGUGACUGCUUUGUGAGUUUCGCUUUCCAUAAUAGUUUAUGCUACUGUAUGUGCGAUUCAAGGAGCUUUGGGGAAAAGAAUUAAUUCGUCUGAAAAGCCUUGCUUUCUUGCCGAGUUGAUUUCCUGCAGUUGAAAACUCCUAGCAGUUCUUGUUAUUGAAAUUUGUUUGUUUCAGUUUGUUGUUGUGAACAAUUUCAAGAGUAUGAUAUCACUUUUGGACUUGGGAUUUUGAUUUAUUUUUCUAUCAAUGGGAUUCGUGUGAUAGAAUAAGAUAUUCAGAAGCACCUAAUUGAAAAGGCUUAGUUCAGCAUCUCUUAGAUUUACUGUGGUUUGUGAACAUCUGAUGGCGGGAGGUAAGGAACUAGAUCUUCCUAAGAAGAGUGGUGCUUGCAGUUUGAAAGAGAAAGCAGCACAGAAGACCCUGGAUAAUGUGAGGCAGAAGGGGCACACAUAUGUUGAACUCAGGAAGGAUGGGAAGAGAUUUGUGUUUUUCUGCACCUUGUGCCUUUCACCAUGCUAUAGCGAUUUAAUUCUAUUUGAUCACUUGAAAGGUAGUCUCCAUGCUGAAAGGCUAGCUGCUGCCAAGGCCACCUUGUUCAAACCAAACCAAUGGCCAUUUAAUGAUGGUGUUUUUUUCUUCACUGAUCUGGAGCAAGAUAAAGCUCCUCCUGUUUCAAAUUCUGAGAAAACAAAUGUUGUAGGUAUAGAUUGGAAUGAUGAUGGUGUUGAUUCUCUUGCUAUUGUCAAUUAUGUUGAAAACUCAGUGCCUGAUACGAGUGAGGAUGUUAAGAAUUGUACAAUUUCUAGAACUGGAGAUCAACAUCAGAUUGUUAUUCCAGGUGUGCUUUGUAGAGAUGAGAUUUCUGAACUUGUAGUCAAACAUAUCGGCAUUGGAAGGAUUGCUGCAAGGGUCUGUGGGAAGGAUAGGGCGGCUUCUAAUGAGAUUUGUAGAAUAUGGUGUGAGUGGCUGGGGAAUAAGGAUUCUUGUAAUGAGGAUGACAUCAUGGUUCCAGUUCAUGACUUUGCUAUCAUCAUUUUCCCCUAUAAUUACAGUUUGGGAAGGCAUGGGCUACUUCAGGAACUGAGGUCUUUGCCUCCUCCUAGUUGUCUUUUUGAGCCUGGCGAAACUGGCAUUGUUAAAACUAAAAAGAGGAAAUCAUUUUCUGAUCCUGAGGAUGUCAUCGACUCUCUAAGCAAUCAGUAUGAUUCUUCAGGUGAAGAGUCUCAAUCUUCAGAUUCGAGUUUAGUGUUAUGUGGCCCUAAUGAUCAAUCACUGGAUUCCAGAGUAUUUUCUAGUAAAACCUUAAGGAAACAAUUGAGAAGGCAACUUGAAGUAGCGUCUGUCAGGAUGUGCAAUAUCUGCCAACAAAAAAUGCUUCCAGGCAAAGAUGUUGCAACACUCUUGAACAUGAAAACUGGAAGACUUUUAUGCAGCAGUAGAAAUAAGACGGGAGCAUUUCAUGUAUACCAUACUUCUUGCCUUAUCCACUGGGUGCUUCUUUGUGAGUUGGAAAUGCAUGCGAAACAAUCAGAUGAAGCUAAAACAAAACAAAGGUCACGAAGAAAAACUGAGACCACUCACAAUGGUGAAAGAAAGAAUGGUGAUACACAAAAAUAUAUUUCUUCAAUCUUCUGUCCUGAAUGCCAGGGUACGGGUGUGAGGAUUGCUGAAGAAGACUUGGAGAAACCAACUGUCCCACUGUCUCAGAUGUAUAAAUUCAAAAUCAAACUUAGUGACGCCUGUAAGGCAUGGAUGAAAAGUCCUGAGGAACUGAAAAACUGCUCAACAGGCUUCACAUUCCCUCCCUUGUCGGAUGAUUUGUGUCAGGUUGAGAUUUUUUCCUGAGCAUUUAUUUAUGUUAUGAUUAAAGAACAUGUGUUAUAAUUGCUUCAACUGGGGAAUUUCUUGGGUGUUUACGCUUUAUGUUUGAUUGUCACCAGGAAUCUGUAACAUCAUUGAAGCUGCUUCGCUUUUAUAGAGUGGAUGAUUAAAGCGGUUUGUGAUAUGUUCCCCAAAAGGGGGUCCUGUGAGAUUGCCUGUAAUAUGCUGUAAAUACCAAGCACUUCAGAUAAGAAGUACUUCUGCCUAGGAAAAACGUGGACAUGAAGCUUAUGUACAUUUUGGUGUUUCUUGUUGGACCAUCAGAACAGUUAGAUGCCGGGUUGGAUGUCACUAAUACAUUUUG